AGAAAACGUGGUGCACAUCGCCACCUCGUGUCUGCUCCUGAUCAUUACAAACCGGUAUAAGGUUUCCGGUGUUAUGGCGACCACCGGCAACAUCUUCACUUCGGUCAGGAGGAGACGAGGCUGUGGUUUCAGGGUGCUGUGAAAAGUAGCAGCUGUCUCACAUGUUUGUGUGACUCUGACUAUGCUGCUCUUGGUAACGCUGGGCAUCGUUUUUUCUUUCACUGUGGUCAUCACUGAGAAGACUGAGAACAUCAACCACAAACCACCAGCAGCACCGCUGCUCAACUACAGCAGGAUCUCCCUACCGCCAGAGCACGUACCCUAUUUCCUCUUCAACAACAAGAAGGUCGCCAAGCAAUGCCGCCAGGAUCCACUCUGCCCUUUUAAAGAUGCACUGCAGGAUCUGUCUGCCUGUUGGGGUUAUGAGAAGAAGUGUGAUCCAGUAACACGCUUUGGCUAUCCAGUCUGCACCAAGGCAGACACAGGAUGGGCACGUUCACUGCAAGCUGCCGAGGAGCUCUUCUGGAAACAGGCUGACUUUGGCUACGUGAAGGAGCGCCUCUCUGAGCUCAAAACGCUGUGCAAGGCCAGCAAGCCAGGGGACUCCUCUUUAAAAUGCAGCAGCAACACUCGCUUCUGUAAGGCCACUAACCUUUACCUUGACCUGCGUAAGCCACGCAGAGGUCAUGAGAGAUACAAGGAGGACUUCAUUCAGAAGGGCGAGAUUGGUGGCAGCUGCAGACUGAACAGGCGAGCACUUGCUGCAGAGGGAGAGCACAAGAGCCCCUUACAAUCUUGGUAUGCUGAGCUGCAGACAUACACAGAGCUGGGCUUUCAGUCCAUAGAGCAUGGACAGUGUGACAUCAUCAUAGAGAAACCCACUGUUUUCAUGAAACUGGAUGCUGGAGUGAACAUGUACCACCAUUUCUGUGACUUUGUCAACCUCUACAUCUCCCAGCACAUUAACAACUCCUUCAGCUCAGACAUCAACAUAGUCAUGUGGGACACGAGCUUUUACAGCUAUGGAGAUCUGUUCAGUGACACGUGGAGGGCCUUCUCAGAGUAUGACAUCAUCCACCUGAAGACCUAUGACUCAAAAAGAGUGUGUUUCAAAGAUGCCUUCUUCUCCCUGCUCCCACGAAUGAGAUAUGGCCUCUUUUACAACACCCCUCUUAUCUCAGACUGCUCCAGUGAAGGGAUGUUCAGGGCCUUUUCCCAACACGUCCUCCAUCGACUGCACAUCCUGCAAGAAGGGCCAAAGGAGGGGCGUGUUCGUGUCACCCUGCUGGCUCGCAGCACAGAAUACAGAAGGAUAUUAAACCAAGUUGAGCUGGUAAAUGCCCUCAAGACCGUGCCUUUACUGGAGGUCAGUGUGGUGGACUACAAAUACAAGGAUGUCCCCUUCCUCAAGCAGCUGAGGAUCACCCACAACUCUGACAUUUUUAUUGGGAUGCACGGGGCGGGUCUCACACAUCUCCUCUUCCUCCCUGACUGGGCUGUCAUCUUUGAGCUAUAUAAUUGUCAGGAUGAGAGCUGCUAUCGAGAUUUGGCUCGGCUGCGGGGCAUUCGAUACGUGACUUGGCAGAAAAUGGACAAAGUGCUCCCACAGGACAAGGGUCACCAUCCAACCCUCGGGGACCACCCGAAGUUUACCAACUACGCCUUCGAUGUGGGCGAGUUCAUGCGUCUUGUGCUGGAGGCAGCUGAUUACGUCACACAGCAUCCUAAAUGGCCAUGUCACACUCCUCAUGAUGAACUCUAAGAGCCUUUGUAGGUUUUGGACACAAACAUCUGGCAGCUGAAGAACUUUGAACAUGAACCUGCCAUUUGAUUUUAAAACAGUCACCUUUUCAGAUGCUUUUAAAGUUACCUCCCCUGCCAGCGGACAUCAUGUAUUUGGUCGAGUAUUUGGCACUUCCUGCUUUGAUUGGCUGAUGAGUGGAAGCAGUUUGCCGGACAACUCAGCACUAAACAACCUCCACAAGCUCUAUUUGCAUCAAAUCAGUCACAAGAUGAGGCGUGUGCUAUCAAAGCAGCUGGAGAGUGAUAAGAUAUUUCCUAUGUUUCUUCAUUACCUCAACUGCAUCUAUCUCAUUCCACGCCGGCAAAGUUAGUUAAUGAGCAGCUGUUAUGGCGUCUCUUCACAUGCAACAUCUUGUCAUAUUUGAUCAGAGUCACCUUGAUGUGAUCCUCUUCAGAACCGUUGACAAUCACGCCAGAGUUUCUGAGCACUCUCAGCUUUCUCCAGGCUAAUAUGAUGCACUGUUGAUGGAGCAGAGAUAUUGGGUGUUAAAUUAUGAUAAAAAAAAACACUAACUGCCCUCAAAGAUAAGAGACAGAGGUCAAGAGAUACACUCCUAUGGCCAAGAAGGAUUUUUUUCAUAUCAGUAUUAGUAAAUAUCUGUUUGAUAGUACGAUUAUACUAAAAAACUACUUUUGUGUUAAGUACUGUUAAACUUGAAUUCAAGUAUUUGUUCACUAAAUUCAACACAUGUUUGUCUUUUAAAUUGGUAACAUUCUUAUUUAAAGUGAUGUUUUUGUUGUUAGAGCAUGGUAUUGAAUUGAUACUGAUGUCUGUUUUAAUUAUUAACUCCUUUGUGUUUAACCAGAGGAGAUGCAUUGUCAGUUUGAUGAAAUGACAUGGGUGCUGCUAUUGUCUGUUACCUUUUCUGAAGCCCAUUCAGCGCUGUUAGUUUCAUAAUUUAGUAGAUUUUGGUUGAGUAUUUUCACAGAUCAGAAGAUCAUGUUCGUGUUUCUUGGCCUCUCCGUGAGCUUGAUAUUUUAUUUAUCAUUGAAACCAUGUUGAACUCGGUCAGACCUCUUUGGUCAGGGCCAUGCUUGACUUGUAAGCAAUUUUAUAUUCAGAAGUUGUGUAAUAUUUUGAAAUAAAUAAUUUUUAAAAAUG